GUCAUCCGCUGGUAGAAAUUGUCAAAGGUUUGCAACGUGGCGUUAAAUUGGACUAGAGAGGGAAAUUAUACUGAAUUUUAUUUGUCUGUGAACUUCACGGCUGAAGGUUACAGGAGAGCAAACUGUGCAUCCUGAAAAGAGGUGAGCUGUUACAUUUAUUUACAGCUUAAAAAACAUAAAAUCGGGCGAUUUUGUUUGUAAAUUUCGACCGGAGUUCAUGCUUCCUGCCGGCGGAUUUAAAUCUAGGCAUAAGCUUCUGUGUGACUUAUGAUCAACGUAUUUUGUACUGUCAGUCGAGUUUUCAGACUUAACAAUUGCCUCGAAGUGCAUGAUCCUAGCCCAUUGGCCAGCAGUUUCCUACCUAUUAAGAUGCUGUUGAUCUUCUAAUUAUUUAUUGUGUUGGCGCUUCUUCAUGCAGUCAAAUAGUGCUUAACUAGCUUUCACAUUUGGGGAUUUAUGUGAAAGCUUGUUUUCUCGAAAACUGUAAAAAUUACGCGUAGCUUUUUAUGCUGUUUUAUUGUUAUUUGUUUAUUAUUUUUUUGUUUCAGUCUUACUAGAAUAUAUCUAUUCCAUCGUGUGAUAUGCAUUCUAAGCUUAUGAUUUCAUGUAACUUAAUAAUUUUAUUUUACAACUAUAGUGCAUGACAACUGUUGUCAAAUUUCCAUGUUAUCAAUAAGCUUACUUUAUAAGAAACGUUUAUUUGACAGAAUCCAAGAUAACCGGUGGAUACUUGAUCUGGUCAGUUUUGACUCCUAAAAAGUAAUAUUAUUUUUUACUUUCCAUCCCACAAAAGUUUAAAUAUGGAUGAUGCUUCAGAGGACAGUCGGCCAGCUCAGCCAGGCGUCAUCAAAAAGUUCUUCUUAACAAUUUCAACAGUAAGAGAUUCUUUAGCUAUGUUGCUUAGUUUUAUUCCUGGAGUGAUCACCAUCUUAAUUCUCUUAAUUCAUUAGAGUUCAUAAUAUUCUNGCCAGCUCAGCCAGGCGUCAUCAAAAAGUUCUUCUUAACAAUUUCAACAGUAAGAGAUUCUUUAGCUAUGUUGCUUAGUUUUAUUCCUGGAGUGAUCACCAUCUUAAUUCUCUUAAUUCAUUAGAGUUCAUAAUAUUCUAGACAAGGACUAGCGAAAAUUGGGUUUCACUGGAUAGAUACAUUUUGAUAAACAUCAUUCUGUUGUGGUUUUGUUAAAAACGUUGAAGUGAAUAAAUCAUUACCAUGUAAAAGUUCUUCCUAAGAGGUUCUAUGGAAUAACUGAAUGAUAAUACACUGAGUUCACCUUCUAAGCAUCUGAUUCCACAUGUAGUUUCACGUGACUUUAGUAAACAAACCCCGAAAGUUCAGACUUCCAUUCUCUCCCACAUACUGUACUUGCACAAAGUACGAAUCGCUAUUUGUUCGCUAUAACAAGGUUUAUAAUCAAGGUUCUUUUUCAUAUACAUGUAUUUACAGUUACUGGCGCAAAGAACAUCAUGUCCAAACCUUAGGUUUUAGUUUACAACAAAGAUCAUCAAUAGUGACAUGAAACUACGCAUGUAAUCUGACGCUCAGAUCAUUGGUGAAUUUGGUCAAAUUCCCCUUUUGAUCAUCAAGUUUAUAUAAGGCAAUCCAAUGGAGAAUCUAGAUCGUAAUUUGAGGUCACUUAGGGCUCUAUUCUGGGCACCCAUUCAUUAUUUUAUAAGUACUCGUCAAUAAUUAUUAGAAUUAUUAUUCUUUUUCUAACCUUUCUAUAAUGGCCACCUCUCCACAACAGUGACAGAUGAUCUUGUCUCAAAUUUUUCUGAUUGUUUUACAAAUUAGCUUUAAGCAAUUUGUAGAGAAGAAUCUUUAAAUUGAUCAUACAUGUAAGUCACUUUUCCCGAUAUAUACAUUUAGUCUUGCACAUUUGUCACUGCAUGCCAAACUUCCUGAAAUAAAAUUACCUUUAUUGUAGAGAUACCAAACAUUUCUUGAUAGUACAGUACCUCAUCUUCUUCCAAGAUGGAUUUCAACUCUUGUGAUGAUGAUUGCAUUCCUUGCAAGGAUUUUAUACGUACAGGUAUAUUAACAUGUUUAUUUGACGAUACCAUAUUCAGGGUUCGCAAAUACGCCAAAUUUGGCGUAUUUUAUGCCAAAAUUGUUCAGAUGACUCCACUGAGGUUAUGGAGGGAGUCACUUCCACUCCAGAAAUUUUCAGUAACAAACAUAGUUUUGUCCUUACCUUUUUUGCAACAAAUACAAUUUACGUUAAUUGUAAACAUUGUAAACCUUGAUUAAAUCAUCGAAAUUAAAGAAUGAUACCGCACGGCAAAACAGGAAGGGGUUAAAUUAUGAUCAAAGUUUACUCGAUGACCGCCAUCAUGGAUUUGAGCUUUCCAGGUCAGCGGACCGCCACAUCUAUUUCAUGUAUCACUCACGAUAGUUUAUGCACGCCGGACCAUGUGCUGGAAAUUCUGAAAAUGGUUUUUCUCGUCGUGAUACUUGACUCCAAAUAUUCCAAAAUGACUCCGAAAUUUGUGAAGCAGAAGUCACACUGACUCCACUCAUCAAUAAAAUUUGCAAACCGUGCAUAUUUUAGCAAAACUUAAAAGACUUCUUACAAUACCACCCCUUUAACAUAAUAUUGUUUCCUUUCUUUACAGGGCUGGUACAUAGUUACAUAUGCACUUGGCAUUUAUCAACUUAAUUUGUUUAUUGCAUUCUUGACACCAAAGAUUGAUCCUGCACUAGAAGAGUUAGGUGAGAGUGACAUAGGUGUGUUCUUUUGAAUACAUUUUUAUUUAACAGGGUUCUCCUGAAAUUUUAAAGUAGAAGGCUUUUAAUCCUUCUACUUUAAGGACUAGUAUUAACCAAAGGUUACGGAGUGCAGGCGACAAUGAUCAAAGGUUAAAACGCUUUUGCUCCAAUGUUGUGAAACUUAUGCAAACGUAAGUUUCACAUUACAGGUGGUGAAAACAUGCAUGAUCAAAUUACGAGUUACUGAAGGUCCAAACGUUUCAGAUCAAAUUGCAUUCUGUGCAUUCUAUUCAUUCUUAGUGGAAGUCCAAACAGGUGCUGGCUACAUACAUGUGACGCAUUUGUAAUAACACCCUGGAGAUUAGGAUUGCGGGCUCCUCUUGUCACCCACGACAAGAAAACGCUUUGGGCAGCAAAAUACUAGAUCCAUGAAGGGGAGCACCUUCAUGAGAGUCCACCCACACCCCCAAAGAAACCCAGUUAACCUGGCCCUCAGUGUACAUAUUAACGGGGUUUGAAUGUAUUGCUAUGGAUUCCUGAGAGUUUUUUAACUUUAUAAGGUUUUUUAUCUUCUUAUUCUUAAUGUCAAACCUAACAGUUGGCAAUAUGGAUUUCUAUUUUAUAUGAUUUAUUUAUUUUUAUGUCAAUUUAAUUUAUCUUAUUGUAUUUCGCAGAGGAAGAUGGUCCAGAACUUCCCACUAAAGCAGAUCAAGAGUUCAGACCAUUUAUCAGAAGAUUACCUGAGUUUAAAUUCUGGUAAGAUUUGAACAGUGAAGAUUUUAUUAUUAUGAUGAUGAUGAUUAUUAUUAUUGUAGUCCUGGACACAACAAGAAUGAAGAUAUUAAUGAGUUUACGCGAUAGGACAACAGAAAGAAGAGGAAAAACAGUAAAACGUUUGUGUGUGACAAAUGUGACAGGGCUAUUGCUUGGAUGUUUUGUCAUGAUCUUCACUCACAUUAACGUUUUCUGGUCUUUUACAAAAAGAUCUGUUUGAAGGAGGGUGAAGUUUGGUAAAAACUUUUUUCAAACAAAAUUAUUGUCACACUUGUCACACAGGGUUUGCCAUCUUCUUUCUUCUCUCGCCCUGUUGCAUAAGCUCACUAUUACUUGAUAACACAUGGAAUGAGCAAAGGGUUGCCUGAAUGGUUGGUGGAGCCAAGAAUUGCAGCCAAGAGCAGUGAUUUUGUUACCUCUGCAUCCUGCAUCCCUCACACAUAAAAAUCCCCAAAGACAGAAAAUAAUUUGUGAUAUGUGUCACAUAGGACACAAAGUUCAAAUUAUCGAUCUGAAGAUGUCAGGACUAACCGUAACUAUUUGUAACAAAAUCACUGCAAGAGCAAAGUAUAACCAUGGCAAUACCCUGAGUGGCAUUCACCCUGAGGCACUGUCUCACUUUUGACCAGCCAGUGGAACCUAGCGUAGUUACCAUAAUACUUACCAAAGGAAAAGAAGGGUAGGGCACAAAAUAGGGAGGAUCUGGGAGUAAUAGGGUUGAGCAACGAACUUGGCAACGCGAACGUAAUGGCCUGACCUCUGCCAAAAAACUGUAAAAAACCUGAAGGCCCCUGCGAAGCCAUAAGUGUGCCCCAAAAAUCAGAAGUGAGAGACUGCUAGUCAUUAUUGUCUUAAGUUAAACUUACCCUAAAUUUCAUUAAUAAUAUUAAAAUGGUAACAGGACUGAGUGUCAUCCAAUUUGGUCUGUAAUCAUACAAGUGUUUAUCAAAAUCAGAUGAUCGCAUAGCGGGACACUGAUUUGUUUAAUCAUAAGUAUGUUUACAGACCAAAUUGAAUGACGCAAAGUUCUGUUACCAAUUAAUCAUAACAGUUACUAUAAGAAAAUUUGUGAUAUUUUCAGCUUUUCAAAAAUCAAAACACAAGAUAUUCAAGAGUUUUUUUUUCUAGCAAUGAAAAAAACAAAUCCAUUCAAGUGCUCGUGCAAUGGCACAUACUGUCCAAUAUUACUAAUCAGCAUGAUGUGUACUGUCCCAGUACCUGUCCUGUUAGUGCUUACAUCAGGAUAGUCAAGAGCCAAUUAAAUUUGAGAAUUUUGUCAUAGUUACGAUCAGCCACAUUAAUAACACUGAUCAAUCUUUCUUAUUGGGUGUGUUUUCUCUCCCUAGGUAUGGAGCCACCAGAGCUAUUGUCAUCGCUAUAACAUGUACAUUUUUUGAGUUUUUUAACAUCCCUGUGUUCUGGCCAAUCUUAGUCAUGUACUUUAUUGUUCUUUUUGUCAUCACAAUGAAGAGACAAAUAAAGGUAAGCAAUACACAGUUACUGUAACAAACUCUUCACUGUGUAAGUGAUUUUGAAACAAGUUACAAGAGAUAAUUCUUCUUCUUCAAACGGACAUGUGUCUGUCCAAGUCACCAAUUUGCUUGCACAAAACAAAAUGUGGGCACAUACAUUCUAGGAUACAUUGUGUGUGUUUGUUGAAAAUUGUGUGUGUUAGCCCAUAUUUAUAAAGGCUGCUAGUGAUUCACCUUGUCAUCUCAUUCGGUUGAAACACCAAAAUAGAAGAAGAGUCCUCUCUCUUUGAUGUUCUGCAAUUGCCAGUUUACAUGUAGUCCAGAUUAAGAAGAAUUCAUUUCAUACCUGUACAUGCACAUUUAAAACAAAAUUUAUUGCUAUUAAUUUUAACUUAGUUUGUCAAACCUUUCAAUCAGUUGUUCUUUUCUUUUUUCCCACUAGCACAUGAUAAAGUACCGUUAUCUUCCAUUCACACAUGGAAAACAGAAAUACAGAGGAAAGGAUGACUCUGGAGAUGUGUUGAAAUGAUAAGUUCUUACAACAUAACAAUAUUGUUUAAAUACAAAGACUGUACAGCAAUAUUUUUAUUUUAAGUACAUAAAUAGGCUUCUCUCUGUGACUCACUAGGGAUAUAACAGUGCCGAGUGUUGAAUGAAGGCAAAGUAAUUUGUCACAGCUUGGUUUUACAUCCUUACAAAUAUAUUAUAAGCCCAUCUUAUAGGACCCAGGGGUUUCAAUAAGUACCGAUGGCUGACAAAAUGUGUCGGCUACCUUGCUCAUAGAGGUCGGCUACUUUUUUCCAGAAAGAAGAAGCAACUAGUUUGAAUAAUGUUGUAAACAAAAAAAAUAUAUCAUAAAUUCUGAAUGAAAAUGUAAUUAUGAUGUGUUUUCAUUUUGGCCCACUGAUUUUACAUUAUGCUUUAAUCAUAUAAAUGCUAUAUUUCAGUCAUUUUUUUCACAAGUUUCUUUAUAGGUUUACGCAGAAUUUGUUUACGCCCAAAAGUAUGUAAUUUAGUUUUCAUCAUUUGUUCAUUGAUUGUACAAGGAAUUGAUUGUGUGACUGAUAAUUCAAGAAAAUGUAGCUUUCAAUUAUUGAAAGCUACAUUUUCUUGAAUGAAAGACACGCUCUUUUGUCCUCAAAUUUAUUCCCCAGAACGCUGAAAAUCGGAUUUUAGGGCUUUGAAAUUUCAAAAUUUUCUGGGGCAGAACGCUUCCACAUCUUAUUCAAACUUGCUGGCUAUUUCAAUUUUUAUUGAAACCUCUGAGCAUCUAGUUAUCAAGAAGCUUGAAAUUUUGGUAAUAAGAUUUUGUAACCCGUUAUGUAAAAACCCGGUGAUGCUAGAAAUUAAAACAGGAGUGUAUUUAAGCAAAAAAAAAUCAGGGUUCUAGAAGGAACAAAAAAUAAUAAGAACCUUUUUCUACUUAAAUAUUAAACCUGUUCAGCAGAAAGCCUUGAAUUCCCGUUAGAUAUAAUACAGUGCCUAUGUGUAGUCGGUUAAGUCUGUUUCAAGUUAACCAGUAUUAAACCUAGUUUUUGAGUUUUAUUUCUCAACGUAUUGGAAGUAUAACCAAGAUUGACUUUCACACAUCUUCUCAUGAAUGAGGCCAGCAGUUUUUAUUUGCAUGAGCUGUCAUUUUUUCUUUGGGUUGUAUUUGUUGAGAUUUUCUAGGUGAUUGGAUUUUGCUGUUAGAAUGCUCACCCAAGAACCAUGAGAGUUUUUUUUAGCCAAAUUCAUUUUCAAGGACUUGAACUCCCAUAAUAAACCAGACCUUUUGCAGCAAAGAUAUCUGCCCGAGGUGAAUCAAAAUAAUGAUGAUGAUAUCACCUUGACAAGAGUCUAUUCUAGUGCGAGUUAAUGCUCUUAACAAAUUGCUUUAUUGCUGUGUGCAAUCUGCUUACACCUUUUCAUUGAUAAGCCUACCACAGUCAAUAGCCAUCACAAAGUUUUAUUUACAUGUUGUGAUGUGCAUGUAUGCAUGUUGGCUUAGUGUAAGCACAUUGCACUUAACGGAAUGGUUGCUCUAAGUGGACUUUAACUUUUUUCUCCAAAAUUAAUGUCAUAACCUUCAAACUUGAAUUCUUUUUGUUUCAGGAAAUGUCCCUACAGACACCAUGAAGGGUUUCUUUGGUUAAACCCUCCUACUCCCACCCCCACCCCUCUGGAAGUUUCAGUUAGUUUUAAAUGUUCAUUUUAACAGUUUGUUUUUUUUGCCCCCCUCCCCUCCCCCACUGAAUUUCCAAAGACUCUUUGUGGGGUUUGUAUGGACAUUUUCUAAAACCAUUGCUAAAAACAUGUGAUCUAUGUGACUACAUAUGCAAUUAAUCACAAUGAUUAAAUGUUAAAAGCUACAGUGGUAUUUAGUUGAUGAAUGUCAUCAAGGUUGGACUUGAUUAAGUGUUUACUGGUACUUAAAGAAAACGUAGAAUAAUAAGGACUUUACCAUAAUAUAUUUAAAGAGAAUAGGUUCUCUUUUUUCUCUUUUUUUGUGAUAUCCAGGCAUCAAGAGACAUUUAGCCUACAAACAUGGCAAUUGCUUCCGUGGCUUAGAGCAAUGAGAGAUGGCUGUUAUUUGCAUGCUAAGAAAACGUAAAGAAGGCUAAAUCUGUUAAAAACUGCUCUCUACCAUGGAGAUCAAAAGUGUUAGGACCUUUCCAGUGAUAUUAGUAAAACUAGCGACCUCCCUCCUCCCACCCCAAACAAUGUUGAAUUUUGAGCAAUUUUUUUGGGCACAGCAUUGUUAGGGGAGGGAGUGGGGUAAUGAAGGGAUGAACCAGGGGCGUAGCCAGGAUUUUUCAAAGGGGGGGUCACAGAGGCUACUCGUUAUGUUAAGCUGGGACACCAUGCGGGGAUUGCCAACUAUAUAUGGUUUAUACCGCUGCUCUCCCUCGUGUAUCAGCACGCUCAGUCGUAUUAUCUCGGCAUAAAGGCCCAUAUUAACUAAAGACAAGAGCCGUUGACGAAAAUACUUUACAAAAAAACAAAUUUUAAAAAAGUGGGCUUUUCAACAAUGGCUUUUACGGCCAAGAUAUUGUCAUGGCGUUUUCAUUUGUAACAAAAUCACUGCAAGAGCAAAGUAUAACCAUGGCAAUACCCUGAGUGGCAUUCACCCUGAGGCACUGUCUCACUUUUGACCAGCCAGUGGAACCUAGCGUAGUUACCAUAAUACUUACCAAAGGGAGAGAAGGGUAGGGCACAAAAUAGGGAGGAUUUGGGAGUAAUAGGGUUGAGCAACGAACUUGGCAACGCAAACGUAAUGGCCUGACCUCUGCCAAAAAACUGUAAAAAACCUAAAGGCCCCUGCAAAGCCAUAAGCGUGCCCCAAAAAUCAGAAGUGAGAGACUGCUAGUCAUUAUUGUGUUAAGUUAAACUUAGCCUAAAUUUCAUUAAUUAAAAUGGUAACAGGACUGAGUGUCAUCCAAUUUGGUCUGUAAUCAUGCAAGUGAUUAUCAAAAUCAGAUGACCGCAUAGCGGGAAACUGAUUUGUUUAAUCAAUUAAUCAAUAUAAGAACAUUUGUGAUAUUUUAAGCUUUUCAAAAAUCAAACACAAGAUAUUCAAGAGUUUUUUUUUUUUUCUAGCAAUGAAAAAAUAAACCCAUUCAAGUGCUCGUGCAAUGGCACAUACUGUCCAAUUACUAAUCGGCAUGAUGUGUAGUGUCCCAGUACCUGUCCUGUUAGUGCUUACAUCAGGAUAGUCAAGAGCCAAUCAAAUUUGAGAAUUUUGUUAUAGUUACAAUCAGCCACAUUAAUAACACUGAUCAAUCUUUCUUAAUGGAUGUGUUUUCUCUCCCUAGGUAUGGAGCCACCAGAGCUAUUGUCAUCGCUAUAACAUGUACAUUUUUUGAGUUUUUUAACAUCCCUGUUUUCUGGCCAAUCUUAGUCAUGUACUUUAUUGUUCUUUUUGUCAUCACAAUGAAGAGACAAAUAAAGGUAAGCAAAAACACAGUUACUGUAACAAACUCGUCAUUAUGUAAGUGAUUUUGAAACAAGUUACAAGAGAUAAUUCUUCUUCUUCAAAGGGACAUGUGUCUGUCCAAGUCACCAAUUUGCUUGCACAAAACAAAAUGUGGCACAUACAUUCAAGGAUGCAUUGUGUGUGUUUGUUGAAAAUUGUGUGUGUUAGCCCAUAUUUUAUAAAGGCUGCUAGUGAUUCACCUUGUCAUCUCAUGCAGUUGAAACACCAAAAUAGAAAAAGAGUCCUCUCUCUUUGAUGUACUGUAAUAUUUAUUGCCAGUUUACAUGUAGUCCAGAUUAAGAAGAAUUUGUUUCAUACCUGUACAUGCACAUUUAAAACAAAAUUUAUUGCUAUUAAUUUUAACUUAAACCUUAUGAUUAGUUGUUUUUUCUUUUUUCCCACUAGCACAUGAUAAAGUACCGUUAUCUUCCAUUCACACAUGGAAAACAGAAAUACAGAGGAAAGGAUGACUCUGGAGAUGUGUUGAAAUCAUAAGUUCUUACAACAUAACAAUAUUGUUUAAAUACAAAGACUGUACAGCAAUAUUUUUAUUUUAAGUACAUAAAUAGACUUCUCUCUGUGACUCACUAGGGAUAUAACAGUGCCGAGUGUUGAAUGAAGGCAAAGUAAUUUGUCACAGCUUGGUUUUACAUCCUUACAAAUAUAUUAUAAGCCCAUUUUAUAGGACCCAGGGGUUUCAAUAAGCACCAAUGGCUGACAAAAUGCGUCGGCUACCUUGCUCAUAGAGGUCGGCUACUUUUUUCUAGAAAGAAAAAGCAACUAGUUUGAAUAACGUUGUAAACAAAAAAAUUAUAUCAUAAAUUCUGAAUGAAAACGUAAUUAUGAUGUGUUUUCAUUUUGGCCCACUGGUUUUACGUUAUGCUUUAGUCAUAUAAAUGCUAUAUUUCAGUCAUUUUUUCACAAGUUUCUUUAUAAGUUUACGCAGAAUUUGUUUACAUGCAAAAGUAUGUAAUUUAGUUUUCAUCAUUUGUUCAUUGAUUAUAGGAAUUGAAAGCUACAUUUUCUUGAAUGAAAGACACACUCUUUUGUCCUCAAAUUUAUUUCCCAGAACGCUGAAAAUCGCAUUUUAGGGCUUUGAAAUUUCAAAAUUUUCUGGGACAGAAUGCUCCCAUAUCUUAUUCAAACUUGCUGGCUACUUUAAUUUUUAUUGAAACCCUGGGCAUCUAGCUAUCAAGAAGCUUGAAAUUUUGGUAAUAAGAUUUUGUAACCCUUUAUGUAAAAACCCGGUGAUGCUAGAAAUUAAAACAGGAGUGUAUUUAAGCAGAAAAAAAAUCAGGGUUCUAGUAGGAACGAAAAAUAAUAAGCACCUUUUUCCACUUAAAUAUUAAACCUGUUCAGCAGAAGACCUUGAAUUCCCGUUAGAUAUAAUACAGUGCCUAUGUGUAGUCAGUUAAGUCUGUUUCAAGUUAACCAGUAUUAAACCUAGUUUUUGAGUUUUAUUUCUCAACGUAUUGGAAGUAUAACCAAGAUUGACUUUCACACAUCUUCUCAUGGAUGAGGCCAGCUGUUUGUACUUGCACGAGCUGUGAUUUUUUCUUUGGGUUGUAUUUGUUUGAGAUUUGCUAGGUGAUUGGAUUUUGCUGUUAGAAUGCUCACCUGAGAACCACUCAUCAGAGUUUUUUUUUAGCCAAAUUCAUUUUCAAGGACAUGAACUCCCAUAAUGGACCGGGCCUUUUGCAGCAAAGAUAUCUGUCCGAGGAGAAUCAAAAUGAUGAUGAUAUCACCUUGACAAGAGUCUAUUCUUGUGCGAAUUAAUGCUCUUAAAAAAUUGCUUUGUCGUUGUGUGCAAUCUGCUUACACCUUUUCAUUGAUAAGCCUACCACAGUCAAUAGCCAUCACAAAGUUUUAUUUACAUGUUGUGAUGUGCAUGUAUGCUUGUUGGCGUAGUGUAAGCACAUUGCACUUGACGGAAUGGUUGCUCUAAGUGGACUUAAACUUUUUUCUCCAAAAUUAAUGUCAUAACCUUCAAACUUGAAUUCUUUUUGUUUCAGGAAAUGUCCCUACAGGCCCCAUGAAGGGUUUCUUUGGUCAAACCCUCCCACUCCCACCCCCACCCCUCUGGAAGUUUCAGUUAGUUUUAAAUGUUCAUUUUAACAGUUUGUUUUUUUU